AUUAAUGUAAGUUUUAAAAAAAAAAAAAAAAAAAUCCAGCCUCCGUCAUCAUCAGUUGCUGCAGUGGAAGAAGCCACCUUCUUCCAGAAAAGGGGAAAACUGAGAACGAUAAGUAUCAGUUAAGUUAGGGUUUUAACAUUUAUGGUUUUUCUCAAUCCUUAAUUUAUCGUUGCUGUGUACAAUGGGUGCUGAAAUUCCACAAGAUGGAUUGAAGAAGAAACUCGAGUACCUAUCACUAGUAUCCAAAGUAUGCACCGAGUUAGAAUCCCACACCGGUACCGGCGACAAGGUUCUCGCCGAGUUCAUUACAGAGUUAGGUCAUUCAUCUGAAACCGUCGAGGAAUUUGACUCCAAACUCAAACUAAACGGCGCCGAAAUGCCUGAUUACUUUGUCCGUACACUCCUCACCAUUAUCCACGCCAUUCUCCCUCCAAAACCUAAGAAGGAGAAAGAAAUUCCGAAAGAGAAUGCGGCGUCGAAGACCAAGUUUAAGGCGUUGGCGAUUUCGGAUGAUAGGGAUCGUGCCAAGGAGCUCCGGAUUGAGAUUGAAUCCGAAGCGAGGGAAAAACAAAAGCAAAAGGAACCAUUGGAGAGAUAUCAAAGAGAUAGGGUUGAAGAUGAUGGUUCUAGAGAUAGGGAUAGAAGAGAUAGGCACAAAGAUAGGUAUGAUAGAGAUAGAGACGAUAAAAGGGAUUAUAGAAGGAAAAAUGAUAGAGAUAGAGAUAGAGAUAGAGAUAGAGACAAGGAUAGAGAUAGAGAUAUGGAUAGAGAAAGGGAUAGGGAUAGGGAUAGGGAUCGAUAUGAGAGGCGAAGGAGAGAUGAGUAUGAAGAGUAUGAAGGUGGUGGUGGAAGGGAGGAGAAUGGUGACGAGAAAGGUUAUAGAGAUAGAGAUUCGAAGAGGCGUGAUGGUGGUUCUGGUGAAAUUGAGUUGUAUAUGGUUUAUAAAGGAAGAGUGUCUAGGGUGAUGGAAACUGGGUGUUUUGUUCAGUUGGAUGAUUUUAGAGGGAAGGAGGGUUUGGUUCAUGUUUCUCAGAUUGCUACUAGGAAGAUUGCGAAUGCUAAAGAGGUUGUUAAAAGGGAUCAAGAGGUUUAUGUCAAGGUGAUUUCAGUUUCUGGUUCGAAGUUGAGUCUUUCCAUGAGGGAUGUUGAUCAGCAUAGCGGGAAGGAUCUUCUUCCGUUGAAGAAGAGUUCGGAGGAGGAGGCUUUUCGGACUAAUCCACAGGAUUCAAAGGAUGGGCUGGUGGCUAGGACAGGGCUUUCUGGGAUUAGGAUUGUGGAGGAGGAUGAUGUUGGAUCUUCGCGUAGGCCGCUGAAGAGAAUGAGUUCUCCUGAGAGAUGGGAAGCAAAACAGUUGAUUGCUUCGGGGGUUUUGAGUGUUUCGGAGUAUCCGACUUAUGAUGACGAGGGAGAUGGAGUGAUGUACCAAGAAGAAGGAGCUGAGGAAGAGCUUGAGAUUGAGAUGAAUGAGGAUGAACCAGCCUUCUUGCAAGGGCAGAGCAGAUACUCAAUGGAUAUGUCUCCUGUUAAGAUCUUUAAGAAUCCAGAAGGCUCUCUGGGUCGUGCUGCUGCACUACAGUCUGCGCUUAUAAAGGAACGCAGGGAAGUAAGAGAACAGCAGCAGCGUACCAUGCUUGAUUCAAUCCCAAAGGAUCUCAAUCGUCCUUGGGAAGACCCUAUGCCAGAGUCAGGUGAAAGGCAUCUUGCCCAAGAGUUGAGGGGUGUUGGCUUAUCGGCCUAUGAUAUGCCAGAAUGGAAGAAGGAUGCCUAUGGGAAGACCAUUACUUUUGGGCAAAGGUCAAAACUUUCUAUUCAGGAACAAAGGCAGAGUUUGCCAAUUUACAAGUUAAAAAAAGAAUUGAUUCAGGCUGUCCAUGAUAAUCAGGUUUUGGUUGUGAUUGGUGAAACCGGUUCGGGUAAGACUACUCAGGUUACACAAUAUCUUGCUGAAGCAGGUUACACCACAAGAGGUAAAAUUGGAUGUACUCAACCACGUAGGGUGGCUGCAAUGUCAGUGGCAAAGAGAGUUGCAGAAGAGUUUGGAUGUAGAUUAGGAGAGGAAGUUGGUUAUGCCAUUCGGUUUGAGGAUUGCACUGGACCCGAUACCGUAAUCAAGUACAUGACAGAUGGUAUGCUUCUUAGGGAAAUAUUGGUUGAUGAGAAUCUGUCACAGUAUUCUGUUAUAAUGCUUGAUGAAGCCCAUGAGAGAACUAUUCAUACUGAUGUUCUUUUUGGAUUGCUAAAGCAGCUGGUGAAGCGUAGACCUGAGUUGCGAUUGAUUGUCACAUCUGCUACUCUUGAUGCUGAAAAAUUUUCAGGUUACUUCUUUAACUGUAACAUCUUCACAAUUCCUGGGAGAACUUUUCCUGUGGAGAUACUUUAUACUAAACAGCCAGAAAGCGAUUACCUGGAUGCAGCUUUGAUCACUGUCCUACAGAUCCACUUGACAGAACCUGAAGGAGACAUUCUUCUCUUCUUAACUGGUCAGGAAGAGAUUGAUUUUGCUUGCCAGUCUCUCUAUGAGAGAAUGAAGGGAUUAGGUAAGAAUGUCCCAGAACUGAUCAUUUUACCUGUUUAUAGUGCCCUUCCAAGUGAAAUGCAAUCUAGGAUAUUUGAUCCUGCUCCUCCUGGGAAAAGGAAAGUGGUUGUGGCUACUAACAUUGCUGAGGCUUCUUUGACUAUUGAUGGGAUAUUUUAUGUCAUUGAUCCGGGCUUCGCUAAGCAAAAUGUUUAUAAUCCGAAGCAAGGUCUCGAUUCGUUGGUGAUAACUCCAAUAUCACAAGCGUCAGCCAAACAAAGAGCUGGACGUGCAGGCCGUACUGGACCUGGAAAGUGUUAUCGCCUCUAUACAGAGAGUGCAUAUAGGAAUGAGAUGUCUCCUACUUCAAUUCCAGAGAUUCAAAGGAUAAAUCUUGGCAUGACUACUCUUAGCAUGAAAGCUAUGGGCAUAAAUGAUCUUCUUUCGUUUGAUUUUAUGGAUCCACCAUCACCCCAAGCACUUAUUUCUGCCAUGGAGCAGCUUUACAGUCUUGGAGCAUUAGAUGAAGAAGGUCUUCUAACCAAAUUGGGGAGGAAAAUGGCUGAAUUUCCUUUGGAUCCACCACUAUCCAAGAUGCUGCUUGCCAGUGUAGACCUUGGUUGCAGUGACGAGAUUUUGACCAUAAUUGCCAUGAUCCAAACUGGCAAUAUUUUUUACAGGCCCAGGGAAAAACAAGCCCAAGCAGAUCAGAAAAGGGCAAGGUUUUUCCAGCCAGAAGGUGACCAUCUUACGUUACUUGCUGUUUACGAGUCCUGGAAAAAUAAAAACUUUUCUGGACCCUGGUGUUUUGAGAACUUUGUUCAGUCUCGAUCGUUGAGAAGAGCCCAGGAUGUUAGGAAACAACUUCUUACCAUCAUGGAUAAGUACAAAUUGGAUGUUGUCAGUGCUGGAAAAAACUUCACCAAGAUUAGGAAGGCUAUCACUGCAGGGUUCUUUUUUCAUGCAGCUAGAAAGGACCCCCAGGAAGGUUACAGAACACUAGUUGAGAAUCAACCUGUAUACAUCCAUCCAAGUUCAGCUUUGUUCCAGAGACAGCCAGACUGGGUCAUAUACCAUGAGCUUGUAAUGACAACUAAGGAAUAUAUGCGUGAGGUCACUGUCAUAGACCCUAAAUGGCUUGUUGAGUUGGCUCCAAGAUUCUUCAAAGUGGCAGAUCCUACAAAGAUGAGCAAACGGAAGCGUCAAGAACGCAUUGAACCACUUUAUGAUAGAUACCAUGAGCCAAAUUCAUGGCGUUUGAGUAAACGCCGAGCAUGAUAUGCUUUCUCAGUUUCUCUUAAUGCAAGGUCCUGGAUGCAAUUUAUGUUGGAUUUAGUUUCCAAUAUAAAUCUUCUCCUUAUAUUAUGAGUUAAUUAAAAUGUUACGCACAUUUUGGCUGGUGUUACUAGUAAAACUCAAAUUAUGAUACAUCAAGUUUCAUUUUUGAUACACAGUCUUAUUUUUUGACUGACCUUUAGUUAAGCCCCACCCCAAUUGUCUGAUUGUCAGGAGCAUUUCCAUCUGGCAGCGAAGUCAGUUCAGUACACAAGUUUCCAUAUCAUUUAUUGGAGCUUUUUUGCACAGCAGCAUUUAUUAAGCGAUUCAUUUAAGUUUAGGCAGAAGUUGUGUUUUAUUUAUUACAAAUAGAUUUCUCACUGAUUUCACUGGUAUGAAAGCCAGAUUUUGGAUCAUCAAAAAAUAUAUUGAGUUUGCUUACUCUUGGAGAAUUUUAUGAAUUAGAUUUUGAGUAUAUUUUGUUUAGAUGUCUUAUAUUUUGAGUUUUCUUUGUGCUUAGUACAAGAUGAUUCUCUUUGACAAUUAGCUGCUCUAUUUAAUUAUAUGUCUUAUCAACUUAUCAAGCUGUUACCUACUUGCUUAGUAUUCUGGGAUAUUAUUUUCCACAAUAAUUAUCAGACUGUAGGUAUCAUGUAUUAAAUGGUGGCAUCAAUGCAGAGCCAAUAACAACAAUAGAAUGGGAAACUAGAAAUCUCAUGGUUAUUUAUACUUGAGCAACGAUUGCAUGAUGAUGACCUAAAUUCUCAUCAAAAUUAUCUGUUGGCCUGUUAGGCAUUGUAUUAUGCGAAGUCAGCUUUUAACUACUAUUUGACCAUGGUGAAAGGAAACUCUGCUUCUGCCUUGUGAUUUUGAUAGAAUUUGCUGCUUAUGAGUUUGCAGAGUUGUGUAUCAAGUGGACAAAGCAGUUUAUAUUAUUGUGUGAGUUUGUUAUACAUGCAAGUGUCUGUAUGCAUAAGCAGGGGGUCUGUGACUCUCUGUUAUUUGUCUCAACUAAGGUGUAUCUUUGCUUUGAA